AUGGCGACCAGUUCUGCUAUAGGGUCUAGAGCAUCUCAAUGCGCCGAGGCUCAGAUUGAGCCCGCCUCAGAACAGACAGUCGACGUCGAGGAAUCCUCUAUCAAUUUGCCAAAGCUUGAUGACUCACCUCCGGAUGGGGGAUAUGGAUGGGUCUGCGUCGCGUGUAAUGUCUUCAUCAAUGCACACACAUGGGGGAUAAAUUCGACCUAUGGCGUCUUCUUGUCGUACUAUCUCAACAACGAUUACUUCCCAAACACUUCGGCCCUGACAUAUGCCUUUAUCGGUGGCCUGUCAAUCUCUCAAUGCAUGCUGGUCGCGCCAUUAGCGACCCAUAUCAUUCACUUGUACGGCACCAAAGUAUGCCUUCAUCUUGGUGUCGUCUUGGAAACCGUCUCCCUGAUCGGUGCCAGCUUUGCCCGCCAGAAGUACCAAAUCCUCCUGGCUCAGGGUAUCUGUUUUGGCUGGGGAAUGGGUUUCUUAUUUGUGGGGACGGUCAAUAUCAUCCCACAAUGGUUCAGCAAGAAAAGGAGUGUGGCCAACUCAAUCGCCGCCGCAGGCUCGGGUCUUGGGGGCCUGAUGUACAGUCUGGUGACCCAGCGUAUUAUUGAUACGAUGGGGUUGGCUUGGGCCUUUCGGAUCCUUGGUAUCAUAUGUUUUGCAGUCAACCUGACAGCCGCCAACCUUCUGCGUGAUCGGAACAAACAGACAGGGGCAAGACAUGCUGCACUGGAUCUGAAAAUCCUCCGUCGCCCGGAAUUCAUGUUUGUGCAGCUGUGGACGUGGUUCUCGCAGCUCGGAUACACUAUCCUGCUGUUCUCCCUUCCAGCAUAUGCCCGCGCCAUAGGUUUGAGUGCCCAACAGGGGUCCAUCGUCGGAGCGGUCUUGAAUCUAGGACAGAUGAUAGGACGACCAUUCAUCGGUCUGAGCUCUGACCGCUGGGGUCGCCUGAACCUCGCCACUUUCCUCUCUCUAUUGGGUGGCUUACUGUGUAUCGUCUUCUGGAUUCCGGCAGAAGUUGCCCCAGCGCCGAUGGGCCUGCUCUGCUUCUUCGCUAUCGUUGGUGGCACCGUGGCUGGCGUAUUUUGGACAACGAUCGGUCCUGUAGCCGCCGAGGUACUCGGACUUCAAGACCUUCCUGCGGGACUCAGCCUUACGUGGGUCUUGAUGGCGCCAGCCACAACAUUUGCUGAGCCAAUAGCACUAGAACUACGGCGUGAACACGCUCACAGCUGGAUAUACCUUCCGCCUCAGGUAUUUACAGCAGUCAUGUACCUUGCCUCAGGCCUGAGUCUUUGGGUGGUACGGGGUUGGAAGGUGGGUCAGCUGCAGUGGCAGGCAACGAAGGACAGAGAAGAUGCAAUGGCUGCCCAGCGGGCGAGAACUUUGUUAGAGAAGCCAGCAGCGACAGCAGAUGGCCAGGGUCCGGACUCACAAGGCUCAAAUACUGCAACACAAGAUGUGGCUGAGACAGGUGACAUCGUGACGAAGGAAGAUAUAUGGCGUCUUCAUAUCUUGCUGAGGAAUAUGGUCGUGUGGAAAGUAGUAUAAUAUUCCACCAAAUCUUGGAGAUACAAUUCACCGAUUCAGACUAUCAAAAAGUGUGAGGACUUGUACUGUAGAUUCACUGCCGGGGAGUUCCGUCAUGUAAGCACUGUUAAAUCCGACGUCAUCGCCC